GCAGCAGCAGCAGCACACCGGGGCUGAGGAGUGGGUGACGAAGAGCUAUCACCACCACCAGGAAAAAAAAUAUCAGGAUCACAAAAUGCACGGACUAUAAGGCUUCAUUUGACUGUCAUUCGGAGCUUUUGGUGUUUUUUUUUCAGGGUUUGGGUGCCGGUGAACUGAAUCGGAGAGCACUAGCUGAACACAAUGAAGGUCCUCUGUCAGGCUCAGCUUUCUCAUUUUUAACCAGUUGGCUGCAAUUCCAGGGAUGCUAGUUGAGCUAACGGAGCUAGCUCACAAUUAGCCUGCCCAUUUAGCCACACACUGGUCACUCGUCGCCUCCUUCUGCAAAGACAUUACUUGCUUUUGCGCAAUUCAAAUCGAUAGUUUUCUUUCAGGUCGUUAAAAAGGAUCCCUGUUGGUUGUAGGUCAGAGGCAUUGGGUCAGCUUGUUUGCGCUCGGUACAUGGACAGUUUGACGGGCGCUCGUCGUCACUGCGCGGGCGUACAGUGCUGCUGGUUUCGGGGCGGCUAAGCUCAGACUCGGCCGGGCGAACCAGCAAGAGCGAUCACACACAUUAUGUGGCAGUGGCAGCUAGUUGUGUCCCACUGUCUCUGGGACCGAAGUUGGUAGUUAAAAUCCUAAAAGAGCGACAGGUUUCCGGGGGCUACUUGGCCAAAGGGGUUUAGAAAGUGUUGGCACAGUGGACAUCCAUCAACUUGUCGCGUUAGCCUCAUUUUAGCUUCAAAAGCUAUCCUGCGAGGCAGCGUUUCCCCCAGCUAGUUUGAGCUUUUCUUUUUUACGAGAGAUGCAUGAAUUAAAAUGGUAACUUCCAUGUCGGACUGACAUAUUGGCUGUUUGCGGACAUAAUGCAUUGCAAAUUAUCCAUGUUCAGCUGCCACUCGCUGUAGGACUUGCACAGGACUUUGAACAAGCUGUCACAUAUUCUAUAGGCUACUUUGGCAGUCAGUCUUACCAUCUGCAAAGAAGGCCAGAUCCUGCACCAAGCAGCAAGCCCAUCAAGGUCGAUUAUCUUGAUACCGCACUUUGAAAACGGACUGUUUAUUUAUUUGAUACUUUGAGAGAGGUGUAGACUAACCCAACCUUGUCAGACGGGCUUUUCAGCUCAUGCGGUGAUGACUUUAGACUCCAUGAUGGCUUGUUGCCUGAGCGAGGAGGCGAAGGAGUCCAAACGCAUCAACUCUGAGAUCGAGAAGCAACUCCGGAGAGACAAGAGGGAUGCAAGACGAGAACUGAAGCUUCUGCUGCUCGGUACUGGAGAAAGUGGCAAGAGCACCUUCAUCAAACAGAUGAGAAUAAUCCAUGGAUCGGGCUACACAGAUGAGGAUAAGAAGGGCUUCACCAAGCUGGUCUACCAGAACAUCUUCACCUCAAUGCAGGCCAUGAUUCGUGCAACUGAGAACCUCAAUAUCCCGUACAAGUACGAACAGAACAAGAAUAACGCCCAGGUGGUGCGUGAGGUGGACGUGGAGAAGAUUUCAUCAUUCGAUCAGCCGUACAUUAGUGCGAUAAAGAUGCUCUGGACUGACCCUGGCAUACAGGAGGCCUAUGAUCGCAGGAGAGAGUACCAACUCUCUGACUCAACCAAAUAUUACCUUAGCGAUUUAGAACGAAUAUCAACGAGCGGGUACGUACCCACUCAGCAGGAUGUGCUGCGAGUCCGAGUGCCCACCACCGGCAUCAUUGAGUACCCAUUUGACCUGGAGAAUAUAAUCUUCAGGAUGGUGGAUGUGGGGGGUCAGAGGUCAGAGAGGAGGAAGUGGAUUCACUGCUUUGAGAAUGUCACCUCCAUCAUGUUUCUGGUGGCGCUCAGCGAGUACGACCAAGUCCUGGUGGAGUCAGACAACGAGAAUCGUAUGGAGGAGAGUAAAGCUCUGUUCAGGACCAUCAUCACAUAUCCCUGGUUCCAAAACUCCUCUGUAAUCCUCUUCCUCAACAAGAAGGACCUGCUUGAGGAGAAGAUCAUGUAUUCUCACCUGGUGGAUUAUUUCCCAGAGUUUGACGGUCCCCAACGGGACGCCCAAGCGGGUCGGGAGUUCAUUUUGAAGAUGUUUGUGGACUUGAACCCUGACAGUGACAAGAUCAUCUACUCCCAUUUCACGUGCGCCACCGACACGGAGAACAUCCGCUUCGUCUUCGCCGCCGUCAAAGACACCAUCCUGCAGCUCAACCUCAAAGAGUACAACCUGGUGUGAAGAGAGAAAUACAAAGAGAGGAGGAGAGAGAGCAAGAAAGAGACCUGCAGUCCCAAACACACAAUGCAGUCCACUUCUAGAAAACCCCCACACAUGUGCAUGAAACUUAGUGCUGCUCAUUAAGUGUUGCUUCAUACUUUACAAGAAAACACUAUCCACGCUUUGUCCCUGCUUUCCACUUCGCUCCUUCUUUAUCGGUUUUCUCAUUUUCUUAAAAAAAAAAAAAAAAAAAAAAAAUGGUGACCUCUUUGUGAUUUUUAAUUUUUGCUCCUCUUGUAUAAAAACACACACGCGAAACACACUUGACUAUGAAAACACUCCUUGCAUUUGUCCCCCCCUCUCUUUGGGGUUUUGGGUCUGCUCCUCUUGGUUCCCAUGUGACCUGAGGCAUGGAUCAUAUGUUCCCUUUCCAGUACACCACAUUAUCAGCAGUGCUUUGUGUGUUUGAGGUGGGUCGAGGGCCUUCUCUGGGAAGACUAAACUUUCAUGGACAACGUGCUCUCUACCCUCCUUCUUAUUUAACCUGUGCAUUCUAAACACUACAGCAUGAGACCACGAGGCCGGGCUGCAGACCCUGGACUCUGCUCAUGUGCAAAGGGUAACUAAUUAUGAUGAUAGGUAUAUAUAUUAUCAGGCAGCGUUGGAAUACAGAGUGGUACUUGGUUCCCCUGGGUCUUGAAUUGUUUAUUUGAUUUUGUUUGUUUGUUAAUCUCGCCCCCCCCAAAAUCAGAGCACAGAAGCUCUGUUGAAUGUAAAUAAAGUUUUCAUGCUUCUCACACAGAGUGAGGGCUACACAGAGACCACUACAUGUUCUCUGUAGACUUUCAAGAUUUUCUGCUCUUCUUGCUUCUAAAACGGAUCCUUCUUUUCCUCCAGUUACGAUUGAAGAUGAUUACUAAUGGAAUGCCAACUCCAAAGAGAGUCGCAGUAUGAUGAUCCAUUCACAUUGCCCCCUUUUGUUAAAAGUGUUCAAGUGCGUCCUAAAAAAUCAACACUACCAGUAUUGACCUACUGUAUAUCAACUCCCCAGUCAUUUUGGACAACAUUGCCAAAUUAAAAAAAAACACAUCCUUUGUGUCUGUUAUUAUAACUAUGUUUGCCAGUAUCCAGUUCAUCCCUUAUGUGGCGCAGAUCAUUACAAAGUAUUUCUAAAAACUGGCUUGCCAAAAUCAAGCGCAAGAUCUUUCUCGCGUUGGAUUAUUCAGAUGUCGAUGGCAUGACUGCGCGACCUGUGUGGCAUUUAUUCCUCUCGACUGACAUCUGAAUCCCACGCGUGCUCGUACUGUGAUCUGUUUUCUUUGCUUUUUGAUGGUGAGAGUAAUCUUCCUGUGCACAACGUGCGAAUGAUGACACCAGAUGAGUAUGGUGCAAUAGUCAGCUGUAGAUGAUACGAAGCUUUUACGCUGUCUGUUAGCCUGAAGUCAUGAAGUUGGUCUUGAUCAUUGAUAUGGCUUCUCUCUGUAUCAACGUUAUUUUGCCAUGUUAUGUGGCCAACAUUUGAUAAACUGUAAUGAAUAGCGAGAGAGUAAAUAUUUCUUUUUUUUUUUUUUGUAUGUCUUAUUUAUCAAUCAGAUCUACGUAUUGUUGAGACAUUAAUGAGACUUCCUCUCUAGUUUUAGCUUCAAGUUUUUCCAACCGAGGAAACAGGAGGAGAUUUUAUACUGCUGUAAAAUAUCACAACUAUUUUAUGGACAGUGUGUUCUAUCUUUCUAAUGAUACUUCAUAUAUUUAGUUGUGCAGUUCUGUUUUGAAAUGCUUGACGAUGGAAGGUGCAGUUCCCAUGUCAGGUUUUGUGCUUUAUGCAAACAGGAAAAUGAAAACAAGACAAAAAACUUAGUGGUUGAAUAUUUACUGUUCACGGAUGCUUGCAUUUUUUUGUAAUUCUUGAGGAUAUGUGUUGGCUAUUGGUACCAAUCCCAUAUCGUGUGUCUUGCCUGAUAGUUGUUUAAAUAUUCCAUUAAGCUGAGAGUUAAUAGAUGGCUAUUUUUGUCUUCACAAUGUAAUUCAGGUAAGUUUUUUUCAUAACUUUUACAUCACAAGGGCUACUACUAGCAGCUUUGGUAAAAAUGAAAGGUCUCUGUGGACAACAUGGAGCAAAAGGUGCAAUUAAUUAACAAGGGUGGGUGUGCUAUGAAUCAGAAUGUGUUGACAUCCAGUUGAGGGGAAUGGUUGCAGGUUCAGUGAGGGAGGAAUGCAGCAGUCCACAGAUGCAGCCUACAUGACAUUUCCUGACUGGGGGAAGUCUGGUGGCUCUUUGUUCUCUUUUUCUUUUUGCCUUCAGAGGAGGAGAAUGGCUCACAUCAAAAGACGUUAUGUUCACUUAACCAUCCCACUAUGAAUCCUAUGUGCCGACUUUCUUGACUCCCUCUGUGGGUUGUGUGUAUUCGGCUUCUUUUCUCAUUGCUAGUUAUUUUCAUGUUUGACUGUUUUGGAGUCAGAAAAGGGGAGUGCUUGGGAAAUUCUAUACUUUUGUGCAAAUCAAUCGUUCCAGCACAAUGAGCUGGAAGGAUCAAAUAAAACCUAAAAGAAAUAACAGAAUGUGGUUAAACUAAAAUGUUUGAGAGAAGAAGAUAGGCCUGCACACUCGCUCAAAUUUAAACCGACUAACUACCCCCUUUGAUUUUUAACUGAAACCUUUUUUUGCGUGACAGCUCAAAGAUUUGUUGGUUUUUCUGGCCCUGUGUAUUGUUCUUAAGUCCCAUGACCACGAUGAGAAAAAUCAAAAGGAACACAUACUCGUGUGUUUAAGGUGUUUGAAACCCAUCGUCUAAUAUGUUAAGAAGGAGGGAUGUAUUAUCUAAAAGAGGUUCCACACUUUUUAUGGGUUGAAUCAAAAUUUGAGUUGUUGCAAAGUGUCAUUCCUUUUCAUGGCUUGUAUUGUUCAAAUGUUACUCUUUGGUGCUUCAGCCGAUGUUUAAAGGCCUUUUCUCGACCAGUUUGUCCCAUGUGUGGGGUGAUGCUCUCACACUAGCUUUCAUAAUUGUUUUUUGUGCAAACGUAUCACUUUACAGCUAAGAGGUUUCCUAUGUUGAUAUGUGAAUGACUAGCCGAGUAAUACAAGUGUUUGGUUCUGCUGUGGUGAAGGAACACUCAGUGGUGUCUACGUGUGUUUUAAAGUUUCGGUUUGGCUUUCAGGAAGCACCCUGCAUUCCUUUGAACUGCGGCUUGCCACCUUAAGGGCAGGCAUGUGGUCUCCUUCUGUAUGUGGAUAAUACACACAGCAAAGGUGACCACUAUGGGCAUACUGCCAUACAUCUUAACAACCCUGUUUGCUCGCUUUUGUCCAGAAUGAUUUGCACCCGACAGCUGCCAUACCAGCACAGAAAAAGUCACAUGACUACACUACCAAUGUUGAAAAGAAAAAGCAGAACUGGGUUUGUUAUUGGUUUUGCAUAGGACGCAUUUAAGAGACUUCUUUUUUUUUUUUUUUUAGACAAUCCCUCACGAAACUCUGUGCCAAACAAAACCAAUCAGACAGAAAAUAAAUAAAAACUCAAUUAGUUGUAAUCUAACCCAGAUCUUUCUGUUCACUCUUUUUCCUGAUGAUGUUUGUGUUCAGCCUCGGUAUUAGUAAAUGUAUUAAAUGAUUUGCCAAGUGAAGGUACUGAACCAGCCAAUAUGACAUGUUGUUUUUUAUAGCAAAGUGAGUGAAUGAAUCUGCUUCAUGCUGCAUUUACAUGUCUGCCAUUCUCCACUCUCUUUUUUUUUUUCCUCCUCACUUCUUUGGACUGUGCAUUCCUUCAAUGGGUUAAAGGCACUCAAACCGUACCACUGCAAUGAGCCUGCAUUCAUGCAAAGUUAGAUGUCCGUUCAAGUGCGCUUGUUGGUACUCUGAAGUGUGUGUGUGAGUGUGUGUGUGUAUGUAUGUGUACACUUUUGAUGGCUAUUGCUUUUGCUUGAGAUCCAUUCUGAUUAGAGGGAUGGACAUACAGUGAUAUUAAAAAGCUAUCUUUGCAUCUUUCUUCUUUUGUAAAGUUGAAACACCUUAACACCUGUAUUUAGGACCACUUAAAACUUUUUUAAAAGAGUUCAAAUAAACUUUGUGUAGUGGUGUACAAAUUGAAAGUAAUGUAUUUUUGUUUUGAUUUUUUUCUUUUUUUUUUUUAAGUAUACCAAAUGUAAAUGAUGUACAAUGAGUGUGCCAACCCCCUUUCUUUGUAAAGCCAGAUUCUUAACAAGUGCCAAUGUUGUGAAAAAUAAGAGGGCCUGUGAAUUUCAUGGUCCACUUUUUAAAACAAACACUCAAGUAUGUGAUUAAUUAAAAAAAAAAAGGACAAUUUCAUUCUAUAUUUAAGAUUAACGAUGAACUGCUGUUUUUCAAGGUAAAUGUCAUUUUAAUCGCAUGUGUUUGUCAGGUUGGGGAGGGAGUGGGUGGGUUAGAUACUGUAUUCAUGCAACACCCUCACGAAAGGGUCCUAUGGUCGGCUAUUGAUUUACAGUAUUUUAGCCAUAUUUCUAUUUUCUAUGUUUCAUUUCAACCACUGUUGCCUGAACCUCAUUCAAACAUGAAAUGAUUUUCAUAGCCUUCUCCUUUAAAUGUUUUAAAUUGGAAUAAAAUAUGUUCCUAUACUCUC